AUUCUAUGGCUAUCCUUGAUUGACCCACUAAGAUAUUUAAAACAGCCCGCCGGAGGAGCAACUCAUCUUUCAUGAUUACAGCAUGGCCAUCACUCUUUCCAUUACUCCCAAUCUCAACUCCCGCCACCACUGCGCCAUCUUCUCCCCGGCUUACCGCUGCAAACCCACCAGACUCCGGUGCAGUGGACAGAAUCCGACUACAAAUUCUUCAACCGGUACUGAAGAGUCCGAACCCGAGAACGCGCUGCUCAAGAUUGCUUGGUACGGUUCGGAGCUCUUGGGAAUCGCCGCCUCGUUUCUCCGCCCUCAGUCAAAUACUGAAGCUCAACAAAGCGACCUUAAGCUCCCCUCUAAUGGAGCUGGAGCACUCGAUCGUGCUUUGGUUGUUCGAACCAUCAAAGAAGACUUCGACAGAUCUUAUUUUGUCACAGGACAAUUAACACUUGAUGCGUAUGAAGAGGACUGCGAGUUUGCUGAUCCGGCAGGUUCCUUUAAAGGCCUUCGACGAUUCAAAAGGAACUGUACCAACUUUGGAUCCCUUAUUGAAAGCUCGAAUAUGAAGCUUACGCGGUGGGAGGACUUUGAGGAGAAGGGAGUUGGACACUGGCGUUUCAGUUGUGUAAUGUCAUUUCCUUGGAGGCCCAUUCUUUCUGCAACUGGUUACACAGAAUAUUACUUCGAUGCACAAUCUGGAAAAGUAUGCAGGCAUGUGGAGCACUGGAAGGUUCCCAAGAUGGCACUUCUGAAGCAACUUCUGAGGCCUAGCCGGGGACUUCCGCGGAGAACAGGAGGUUGAAGAAGACAAGAGUUGGAGGAUAUAUACAGCUUAUCUGUUGGCUACAAGAUUAUGAAAGAAUUAAAAUGUUGCAGAGAAAUGAGUGUAUAUAUAAUAAAUUGAAGUUCUGGGGAGUUUUUAGGGCUGCUCGAAGCAGAGAUUAGGAAGAUGAUGGAUGUUUUUUCCGGUGUUA